AUUAUUCUUGAAAAAAAUAAAUAUUACCUUAAAUUUAUGAGAAAAGAAUAAAAGUUGCAUAAAGUUGAGAUUUUAUUAUUGCAAACAAAAUAAUUCUAUUAUAUUUUGUAUAAAGUAACUAUAGAAAUGAACCCUUUUCAAAAAAAAGAAAAGGAAAAAGAAAACUAUAGAAAUUAACCAAGUCAUAUAUAAAAUACGUUUUCCUAACAUCCGGUUAAUGGGUUCUAAGUAGUAGCGGGACUGAAUUGGCCAUGGCUGGAUUCGUGUACAUCAACAGUGUAUAUUUGGCACUGUUUUAUCAAUUGCGUGAAGAGGAUGAUCAAAUUUUUUGACGUUUUUUCGUUCGAAGGAGGCAUAUUUCAUCUUUUCAAAUGAGAGACUCGAAUUCAACCGCUAAUUCAAGUGGACAAAUACCAAUCAAGUUAAACUAAUCAAAGUAAACGAAUACCAAUCUGCUUAUCUCUUGAUACUAAAACUAAUUUGCAAAAUUAAGCAUGCAGUGAUCCACGUAAAAAAAUUAAUUUAUUUAUUAUUUUAUUGACAUGAGAUAAUCCCAGUACUUGUGGUCUCGUGUUGUUGAUUGAUUCAGUUUGCUGAAAAGUGCUUGAUAGACCGUUAAUUCAGGUACAUGGUCUGCAUAAACACCUCAAUUCUCCUACAAACUUGUCUUCCAUUUAUAGCUAAAAGCAAAUGACCAUCCAAAAUUUGAUACCUAAAAGUGGAACCUUCCCUUUUGUUUCUUUCCCUUCCUUCUGUUCUCUCUCACUCAGAUACGCAAUGGGCAAGGUCAUGAUCUGGCUCCGGUUCAUUCCACAACCAGGGUCAUGAUCUUCCAUGUUUUACCUUGUUAGCUCCUUUCUAUUUCGUUUAACAGCCUGCUGAGUAUAGCCAACAAUAAAAGAUUAUAUAGUUCUUUUCCAUAAUCCACACCCAUUUUUUGUUGUUGAUUGGGGGUUUGGAAGAAAAAAAAAAAUACUAUGGCUAAAAGAUCGUUUAAACAUUAUGUGGAACAAGAACUGGGAAAGUUCCCACUCUUUCUGAUCUAUGCUGUACUCGAAUGGUUGUUGAUAAUUGUGCUUUUUAUUGAUGGGUUUCUUGCAUUUUUUGCCAAUGAAUUUGCUAGAUUCUUUGAGUUGGAAAUCCCUUGUUUGCUAUGUACAAGGAUUGAUCAUGUUCUGGUUGAUAGAGCGGACGAUUUUUAUUAUAAUGGAUCCGUUUGCCAGUCUCACAAGAAGGAGCUUUCGUGUUUGGCUUAUUGUCACAGCCACAAGAAGCUUUCUGAUAUAAGAAAAAUGUGCGAGACUUGCCUUCUUUCAUUUGCUACUGAGAAGGCAACUGAUUGCUAUACUUAUAAGUCUCUUGUUGGGAUUUUGCACAAGGACAUUGAAAUGUUUGUUGAUAAUGAUCAAGAUCAUCAUUUUACGCUGCCUACUGCAAGAAAAGAUGAUUCAAUGCAUGCUGAGAGGAUAAUUCGCAAUCCAUGUUCUUGUUGUGGCGAGCCAUUGAAGGCCAAAUCCUACUUUAAGGGAAAGGGAUCGAGCAUGGUUUCACAGGCUCCUACCCCUUCCCCAAGAGCACCAUUUGGAAAUUUGAAAAAUGAGGAUCAUCGCAAUAUGGAAUUGCCUAACAUGCGAUUUACAGAACUCAAGUUUUCAGACAAUGAAUCUGAGCCACAUGAAGAUGACGAUGGCCAAAAUACAUCACAUGUUGGUAAGCAGUCGAGGGAAGAUGUCAAAGCUGCCACAGUGCCAUCGCUGCCGGAAGCUGAGUAUAUGAAUGAGGAUAGAACUCCUACGUUUGCCCGAGGAAACAGGUUUUUUGGAAUUCCACUAACAGAUUCAGCUACCUGCAGCCCUAGAUGGACUAAUAGGAUCCCAAGGAAAUCACCACUUGAAAAAACAGAACUUGCUUCAGAGUCCACGGAAGGGAGUACUGUACAAAAUGAAGGAGAUGGUGACUUGACUUUGCACCAUAUGAAGGGACAGGCUCGACUGGAUCGCAAAUCACUGAUGGCUUUGUACAUGGAACUGGAUGAAGAAAGAAAUGCUUCUGCCAUUGCAGCUAAUAAUGCAAUGGCCAUGAUCACCCGGUUGCAGGCAGAGAAGGCGUCUGUUCAGAUGGAGGCCUUACAGUAUCAAAGAAUGAUGGAGGAACAGGCAGAAUAUGAUCAAGAAGCCCUGCAAGCAACAAAUAAUUUACUUAGAAAGAGAGACGAAGAUAUUAAUGCUUUAGAGGCUGAACUUGACGAGUAUAGAGAAAGAUAUGGUCUCUUAAGGGAAGAAAGUUUUGAGGGAUCUGGAGACGAGUUUGAUGAGGGUUACCUGGAAAAGAACGCACAGUCUAUCUCGUCUGAGAAUAUCAGCCCAGACUACAGUUUCAUCGAUGGGUGUAUUAAUGAAGAAAAUCUGCAUAGUAACAAUCAGUCUUCAUCUAUGUGGGAUGUUAAUGGAGAGGGGACCCCAAACAUGUUAGACAAAGGGGGUAGAUCCUAUCUUGGUCGGUUGAAAAGCUUGGAAAAGAGAAUUCACCUUCUGUCAGAUGAUGGAGCUCCUUUCUUACAGGCCAUCUCCAACAAUAUUACCCACGAUGAAGACACAGCACAAGAACGCACAUUAAUGAAUGAAUUGUUGCAACUUCAUGAACGGGUGAGGGCUCUUGAAGAUGAGGAAGUCUCAAAGCAUGCUGCUGGUGAUACAACUCAAAGUGAUACUGAAAGAGAAAAACUGUUGACAGACAUAUGUGAUAAUAUUCAGCAGCUUCGUCAAUUCAUUUCAAUGCCCUUGAGUGAAGGUCAAGAUGCAUGAGUUUCUUCCUAGUCAAUUUUAUGGUAAUGUCUCUGUACAUUCAUCGGAUAGGUAUCUCAUUGAAAAGAAAUUACAUACUGGAUUAGUUUUAGUGAAUGUAUGUAAUGGCUACAAAGCAAGUGUUUUUGAAUUUGAACUACUACAUUCUUUGAUUACUCAAUGACAAUAUUUUAUAGACAUUGUUUC